AUGGCUUCUCAAACCUUGCAUGAAACAAAGAAAUCCCAAGCCAAGAAAGCCUUACGUUCCCUAGGAAUAGGAAUAGCAAUUCCAUUCGCCAUAACCUUAACAAUAAUCAUCCUCUUUGGAUCAAGUAGCAAGUACAAUGUUAUAGCCAAACCCUUUUGGUUUGCACCACUCUGGUACAUUCACUUAGCAACCUUGGGUUCAUCUUUCUGCAUGGGACUGGCAGCUUGGUUGGUUUGGGCUGAUGGUGGAUUUCAAGGUGAGUCAGAUGCCUUGUGCUUCUAUGUAUCUCAUGUCUCUCUAAGCAUUGUUUGGUACCCACUUGUUCUUGUUAUGAGUUCUUAUUGGCUUGCAACGGCUUCGGGCGUGGUUAAUUGUGUCACUCUUUUGAUUUGUUAUUUGAGGUUUAGAAAAGUUAAUCCUUUCGCUAAAGAUUUGGCUAAACCGUGUUUGGCUUGGACGCUUUAUCUUACUCUUGUUAGUUUUAAGUUAAUGCUUCUUUGA